AUGGUCAUUGAAAAAAUUCUCUUUCCGGCACCAAAUCCACCUGAUUACACAUUGACUUCACAUGGAACGCAUUUAUUUUGGUUACCAGCUGAUCGCGAUUCCAUUCGAAUGCCACAAAUCCCUUGUAUGCUCUAUUCGCCAUCGCGAGAGGCCAAGUUCUUCAUUAUUUGGUGUCAUGGAAAUGGUUGUGAUACCGGUAGCAUGCAUACGUUAUUAAUAGCCUUGAGUCGACGACUUGAUUCGCAUGUACUCAUUUUUGAAUAUCCUUCAUAUGGAUUGUGUCAAGGAUCAACAGAAGCAAAUAGAGAAACAAUUGAAAAUCAUGCUGAACGUGCUUAUUCGUUUGUUCAUGAGACGCUCCAUUGGCCAACUAAUCGAAUUCUUAUCUAUGGCCAUUCAAUAGGAAGUGGCACGGCAUGUCAUAUUGCUUCAACAAAGCAUAUCGGUGGACUUAUUCUUCAAUCUCCGUAUACAUCGAUCAAUAGUCUGAUUCGAGAAAAAGUUGGUUUUUUGGGAUACCUAGUUGGUGGUUCAUAUUGGAAUAAUCUUAACGCAAUGAAGAAUAUAAAUUGCCCAACACUGUUCAUUCAUGGCCAACGCGAUAAUUUGAUUCCGUCACAACAUUCACAAACAUUGCACGAUUCAUUGACACACAUUCGAGACAAGCAACUGAUCUUACUAUCGAAUGAUGAUCAUAAUUCUAUAUCAGACUCAGUCAUUCUAGCUUAUGUAAACGUAUUUCUGGAAGAAUUUUUUUCUUCGCCAAGCAAAUCGUUGCCUCAAGUACGGAUUCAUUCUGAUUUACGUAUUCCACCACCACUAAUGAAGAGUUCAUCAUCUGCAUCAUCUAACAGUUUAUUUUCGUCUCUUCUCGAAGUCUCCAGAGCAUCAACGAAUGCUACUCGAACAGCAUUCAAUUCUGUCUUCUCAAAUGAAUCCAAACACAAUAAUGACUAG